AUGGCCGGCUCGUCUGACGAUAACGGUUCUAACAGCAAUGGCAACAACGGCCAGCAAGGCCAUAGCCCCGGUGCAGACAAUAAUGCCAGCAUGCGAGAGACAGCACCCGACAACUCGAGUGUUCCAAAGCCCAAGAGGCUGGCUUUACAUGCUCGCGAUUGGGUCAUUCUUGUGCCUAUGAUGAACAGCGAAGGAAGCGGCCCCAAGCGAGGAUACGUGAAGGCACUGGAAGAGAGAUUAAAACAAGUCGAGACGUUAUUGAAGACACAAGAUCCUGUGCCAGCCACCAGCAGCCCUGGCGCAAAGGGUAUGAAUAUGCCCAUGCCUGGCGCACACAACCCCCAAACAGGGACACCGAAUUUAGGCGUUGCGAAUCCAUCCAUGGGCAUGGGCGCGGACCGCGAUAUGGAAAAUAGAUGGCAGCAUUUCAAUGGCGAGUCCCCACAAGCUGGUGGUAACAUGGAAGAUUUCAACUUCAACUCGAACAUGGGCAUGCCGAUGAACAAUGUUGGCGGUGGAAAUUUCACAUGGGAAAUGAUUGGCCUUGGCCUCGAAGAGCCUCUGCCUCCCCAGGAAACCAUUGAUGAGCUUCAUCAAGUGUAUUUCGAAAAAGUCCACCCGUCCAUGCCUAUGAUCCAUCGGUAUCGUUAUCUAGCCGCCAUGAACCUGGCGCCAAACCAGCGACCACCUGUGUGCUUACGAUACGCUAUGUGGACUUUGGCUUGCUCCAUCACCGACAAAUAUUCAGAUCUCAAAGAUCUAUUUUACCAGAGAGCUCGCAAGUAUGUUGAGGCUGAUUAUGUGAAGGGUUAUGGCGAGCACAUGAUUUCUGUAGCACAUUGCCAAACGCAUAUCCUGUUGGCCGCGUAUGAGAUGAAGAUGAUGUACUUUCCUCGGGCGUGGAUUAACACGGGGUCGGCCGUCCGCCUCGCUCAGAUGAUUGGCCUACAUCGGCUAGACGGUACCGGACUGGACGUUAAGCAAUGUCUUCCUCCUCCCAAGGACUGGACGGAGCGGGAAGAACGACGGCGAACGUUUUGGAUGGCUUUCUGUGAAGACCGAUAUGCGAGCAUCGGUACUGGAUGGCCGAUGACGAUUGAUGAACGGGACAUCAUGACCAAGAUGCCAGCAACUGAUGAAGCCUUCGACAUGAGCCGACCUGAACAAACGCAUACACUACAAGAAUGCACCGGACCGCCAGGUGUCGGCAAGCUUUCGUCUUUUGGUGGAGUUGUUCUCAUGGCUUGUCUUUUUGGGCGCAAUCUCAUCCACCUCCACCGACCAGAUGAUGACGACCUCGACCACGACCUCAACGGUCCAUUCUGGAAACGGCACAGACAGAUGGACAACAUUCUCUUGAACACGUCGCUAGGCCUUCCCUCCCAUCUCAAGCUUCCAAAUGGACUGUCGAGUCCUAAUGUGAUCUUCACCAACAUGAGCAUUCACACGUCCACCAUUUGCUUGCAUCAAGCUGCCAUUUUUAAAGCCGACAAGAACAAGCUUGCGGCUUCUGUCAGCUCAGAAAGCAAAGUGCGUUGCAUUACGGCUGCAAAUGAAAUUGCCAGCAUUAUGAGAACAAUUUCCCAUAUGGAUCUGUCAUCGAUGAAUCCAUUCAUCUCUUUCUGCCUUUAUGUGGCAGCUCGAGUUUUUGUUCAGUAUCUGAAGAGCCGACCCGAUGAUACGCAAACAGCGGAUUCAUUGCGAUUCCUCCUGUCGGCGAUGAACGCCCUGAAACGACGAAACCCGUUGACAGAGUCCUUCUUGGUCCAGCUUGACGUAGACUUUGAGGCAUUAGCUGUGCGUAUUCCAAAGUUGAGAAAUGCCUUCCGCGGCGGAGAAAGCCCCCAUUUUGGGAGCAAGGUCGAGCAUGCUGGCCCGCUUUGUUCCGACCCUGAAGGUGUGCAGGGAAUCUUGGCCUAUCGAGGAGAGUGCCAUUUUAUGAAACCACAGGGUGAUGACGGCAACCCAGCUACAGGGCCAGAUCUCGUUGACGGCCAGGGUGAAAACGCAGGAGGACGAACAGCAGCUUCUGGUGGUGGUUUUGGUGGUGGACAAACGUGGCUUGCGACAGACCAGACCUCAGUCCCCGUCUUAACCCCGAGUUCUGGAACCAUGUACGAGAAGAACGGCUCAACGAGCGGUCAUGUUUCCGGUUACGGCGAAGCAAAUGGCGAUGGCCAUGAUAGACCAGGCUCGCCGGAUGCCGGCCAGUCAAAUGGACCAACGCCAAACUCCAGUGGUGCUGGAUCAGAGCCAAAAUCGCAUCUUGCACCUGGGAAUAUGGGUAGCGCAGGACAAGAAAAUGGCUUCCACCCAAGCCCAAUCUCCCCUCAACAAAACAUGAUGAACCAAGGGGCGCCGACAGAUGCUGGCAGUCACCAGGGAUUCUUUGGUGAAUCUCUUACAUUUUCCAUGGGCCACAACAUGGCUGGUCAGCAAAAUGGAGGAUUCGCCGUACCACAAAACUGGGGUCCAGAGAUGAAUGGCCAAGCGCCGCCUCCCAAUAUGACACCGGUAGGCGAGGGAGUCCUCCGAGCCCUUAUGAAUAUGGGACCCAUGGAUGCCAUGGACCUGUCGUCAUGGGACUCGGGGCAAGACAAUGCAAUGCGAGGUUGA